AUAACUGGGAGAAAAAAAAUCUAUAUCAUUAUUUGUUCAUAAGUUUGAGUUACGUUUGGUAAAAUCAUGAAGCUGUUAUUAAUUCAAUUAUUAUCGACUAUUUUAUCAGUCAAUGCAGAAUUUAAAUCUGAUCCAACUGCACACAUUAAGUUGGAGAAAAUAACAUUAAAUAUUCCACCGGAAAAUCCCUACCUUGGAGAUAUAGUUACUCACGAAAUAUUUGAUCCCGGAGAUAUAAUUUCAGUAAAAUUUUCAGUAAAAAAAGAUUUUCCUGAAAAUAUGAAGCUUAAUGUCGUUCUUCUUCUUGAAGAAGUUGAAAUAACUAACUUUGAGAUGUUCCUAUGUGAAGCGAUGGAAGAAAAACUUAACGUUAAACCUGCUCUUGAAAGUGGAUUACCCGUUGGUAAAUUUCCUACAGGUUGUCCUGUCAAAGCGGGUAAUGAUUAUGAAUUAAGAAAAUAUCAAAUCCCAUAUGUGGGAGUACCAGGUUUUCCAAGCGGCAAAUUUUUUGUUCGGAUUGUAUUUUAUGAACCUGACAAGGAUCCAUGUGCAACCAUCAACAUUGAAGGGUCAUUUUUUCACGAAUUACCCGGAGUCCCUAAAAUACCUGGAGCUCCUGAUAUACUUGGAAUUGGUCGUUAGUUUUUGAUUAGUUCUUGUUUUUAUUUCAUUCAUGUUGACCAUGUCAAUAAUUACUAUACUAUUAUAUUUUAUGGGUUUUGUGGGUUAUUUAGUGGUUAUAAAUAAAUAAUUGUAACAUGAAUAAUUAUUUAUGUAGAUAAAUAAAUCAGUUAUGCA